AUGACGGUUGAAAAGGUUCUUAAGUUCUCUGUUUAUGGCCUUUUAACUGAUAGAGCACAGGACAAAGAUCUAUACGUCUUAAUAACCAUAAUCUGGAGGCACAAGACGAGUUCUCCAAAACAAACAGAAAUCAAGCUUGCAGACGGCAAAAUUUGGACUGCCAAGGUUGAAGUAUUAAAGGAUUCUGACACAGAAUCCUUCUACCUGGGUUACGAAGACCUGUUGAAGGCUGGCCUGGAAGAGCCGGGCCGGCCGGUCAGCAGCCCUGAACUCGUCCAUCGGGCUCUCAAGAAGAUCCGACCUGAUUCACCUGACGUCACCAGGGCCGCAAAGCGGGUCGAAUUGGCCAAAAAGAAUCUACGAAAAAUCCACGAAGUUGAAGAAAAGUGUAUUGAAAGUGAAAAAAGUUAUUUAUGUGAAGUGCACAAAUCCAGGAAAUCAAAUGAAACAUUGAAAAAUUCUCCGAAAGGUUCUCCAAUCAAUGGAAAGUGUAUUAAAGAAGGAAGGGUUGAAGGAGAAGGAGGAGAAGGAGGAGAAGAAGGAGGAAGACCCCGGGAGAAUGAAUUAGAACCAGGGAAUAGAAGGGAAAGCCUGGGGGCAAUUUGCAAGACACAGAAAAGGUAUGUUCAUUGAUAAUGAUAUUUUC